UCCUCCAUACGCCAUAUAUACAAAACAAUGUUUAUUUAGAACAUGAAUAAUUCCCCUCAUGAAUUACUGCCAUCUCAGUUUUGGGGUCUGAAUGAUUAAUUUAGGAGCCUUGCAAGAAAUUACUCACUCGCUUGCCUGUUGAUUGCAGCUGCACUUUUUUUUUAAAAAAAGGUAAUUUGAAGGUUUAGCAUAUCAGCAUAUAUAUUUAUAAAUAAUGCUCAUCAGUUUGUCUUCACGGUCUGUUGCAAGACGCCUUUUGAAGGACAAGCCUUUCAUCCUCGUUGAGUUGUGACUACAUAAUAAAAAGAGUGGCUACUUCCUGAUAGGCCCGUGAAGGGAAGGGUAGCAGCCAAUUAGAGUGGGGAAAAGGCCCAGGGUGCACAUGUAUUAGCGUUGAGGUGAGGAAAAAGAGGCUGCCUCUGAUUGGCAACAGAAUUCAAGCCCAAGGAGCGAGAGGAGGGAAAAGUAGUCAUACUUACAGUGGAAGGUGAUUAAUUAAUACUUGGGAGUUGAAUCUUUUGGAAUUUUCACCUCGGGAGGAGAACAGUCACACUUUUUUGGAGGUACAUGCAUGUCUUCCAUGACGCCUACUUGCAGAAAUAGAGGUGAGUCUCACAUGUUUUGGAUAUGACACCAUGCUGUUCGUUAACUUUAUUUAUAUAUAAAAAAGUGUAGCAUGAACUAAAACUCCACUAAAAGUGCGUUAAUAAUCCAAAUCAACUUAUCAGGUCUUUAAGAUGGUGGGGAGACAGACGCACCGAAUGGACAGCGGCAAUUGCUCCGUGACGGUGGUGGAUGACAGCCCGGGUUCCAGCCCGAGCUCCAGCCCGGACGGUCGCCGGUCCGCCGGCCGGGUGCUCCACGCCGGCGGACUCGGAGGAGGACGAGGCCGUCCUGCGGCUGCCAACGCGGCGCGGGAGAGGAGCCGCGUUCAAACUCUGCGGAACGCCUUCCUGGAGCUGCAGAGGACGUUGCCGUCGGUGCCGCCGGACACGAAGCUGUCCAAACUGGACGUGUUGAUACUGGCCACCACGUACAUUGCACAUUUGACUCGAACUCUGCAAGAGGAAGGCACCGAGGAGGGGGACGGCACAAAGCAGACAGAGGCGUUACAUUCACUCAAAGGUGAAGGCUACCUGCACCCGGUCAAGAAAUGGCCAAUGAGGUCCAGGUUGUACGUGGGAGCAAGCGGUCAGUUCCUGACCAAUUCCUCAGAAUCAGAGCAUCAAGGCCCAUCAUCAUCAUCAUCAUUAUCAAACUCCCAGUAAAACCAUUCCACUGGUGAUGAAACAUGACGCCCACCUCCACUAUACAACAUUGUAAAUUUAAUAUAUUAUUUUGAUGUGUUUUUUUCACUCAAAUAUAUGAUGGAUUCUCUCCCUUGUUUCCGUUGUUUGCCCUGCAAAUCGUGCAGCUCCAUACACGUCCACGGUAUGAUAUUGUGUGAUUCCACGGGCCAAUAAUGAGCUCGUCAUGCUUGAAAAGUGAGGCACUUUCAGUAGAAAAACAUUUGCACUAAAAUGCAUGUGUGAAUAACUUAACAUCUGUCAUGUGAAGUGGUCUGUCAGUAUCAACAAUAGGUGGCAUGCCGGGAAUCAUGUUCCCUCUUCUUUUUUUUUAACAUGCAUGCUUGUACAAACGAAAUGUUGUGAUUUGUUUUUUAACAAUGUAAGGUGGUAAAGCUAUGAGGUCUAAAAAAGAUGUAAUUAAAUUGUACCAUACUCUAUUGAGUCUA